GGAUGUCGCCUGACCGGAUGGUAGAUAGCGAGAAGUUUUGUUUUGUGAGUUUACGAAUGAUUGAGCCGCAGAUCACAAGUAUCUUAAUGCAAGCGCCGUAAAACGCGUCUGAAUGUUUUAUGAGUGAUUGGUCUUUGACAGACUGGACUGGAAGUGUUUGAAAGGUGGAAAUUGAGCACUUGAAAGUAACCCGAGCGCCCUGCUGCUGCGAGCCCGUUCCUGCGCGCGGAGAGACGGUUAGAAACCAUGGGCAACCGGGGGAUGGAGGAAUUGAUCCCCCUGAUCAAUAAACUCCAAGAUGCUUUCAGUUCCAUUGGCCAAAGCUGUAACUUAGACCUGCCGCAGAUCGCAGUGGUUGGAGGACAGAGCGCCGGAAAAAGCUCCGUGCUUGAGAAUUUCGUCGGCAGGGAUUUCCUUCCCCGAGGUUCAGGCAUCGUCACUCGCAGGCCUCUCAUUCUGCAACUAGUUAACAACAAAGCUGAAUAUGCCGAGUUCUUACAUUGCAAAGGGAAGAAGUUUGUGGAUUUUGAUGAAGUCCGGCAGGAAAUUGAAGCGGAGACCGACAGGAUAACAGGGUCCAACAAGGGCAUCUCUCCAAUCCCCAUCAACCUGAGAGUCUACUCUCCAAACGUAUUGAAUCUGACCCUCAUCGAUUUGCCGGGUAUGACCAAGAUUGCUGUGGGAGACCAGCCCCCAGAUAUCGAGCACCAGAUUCGAGAUAUGAUUCUGCAGUUCACCACUAAGGAGAGCUGUUUGAUUCUGGCCGUCACCCCUGCCAACACUGACUUGGCCAACUCGGAUGCCCUCAAAAUGGCGAAGGAGGUGGACCCUCAAGGAUUGCGUACCAUUGGUGUGAUCACCAAACUGGAUUUGAUGGACGAAGGCACAGAUGCCAGAGAUAUCCUGGAAAAUAAACUCUUACCAUUGCGUAGAGGUUAUAUUGGCGUGGUGAACCGCAGUCAGAAAGAUAUAGAUGGUAGGAAGGAUAUUCGGGCCGCGCUGGCGGCAGAGAGGAAGUUCUUCCUGUCCCACCCCAGUUAUAGACACAUGGCUGAAAGAAUGGGAACAUCACACUUGCAGAAGACCCUCAACCAGCAAUUGACCAACCACAUCCGGGACACACUGCCCGGCCUUCGCAGCAAACUCCAGUCUCAGCUCCUCUCUCUGGAGAAGGAGGUAGAAGAAUACAAGAACUUUCGCCCAGAUGACCCCACACGAAAGACAAAGGCCCUGCUGCAGAUGGUCCAGCAGUUUGGAGUGGACUUUGAAAAGUGCAUCGAGGGGUCAGGAGACCAGGUGGACACGGCAGAGCUCUCUGGAGGUGCCAGGAUUAACCGAAUUUUCCAUGAGCGCUUCCCCUUCGAGCUGGUGAAGAUUGUGUUUGAUGAGAAGGAGCUACGGCGAGAAAUCAGUCACGCCAUUAAGAACGUCCAUGGUGUUAGAACUGGGCUGUUCACUCCAGAUUUGGCGUUUGAAGCCAUCGUGAAAAAGCAGAUCAUUAAGCUGAAAGAGCCCUGUCUGAAAUGUAUCGAUCUGGUUAUUCAAGAGCUCAUCAACACAUUCAGGCAGUGCACCAACAAGCUGGGUUCUUACCCCAGAUUGCGAGAGGAGACCGAGAGAAUUGUCACCACUUAUGUCAGAGAGAGAGAAGGCAAAACCAAGGACCAGGUUCUUCUGCUGAUUGACAUCGAGCUGUCUUACAUCAAUACCAAUCAUGAAGACUUCAUUGGAUUUGCAAAUGCCCAGCAAAGGAACAUUGUCAACAAGAAGAGGGCCAUUCCCAACCAGCUAUGUGGCCUAAGAGAAGGGGAAGCUGAGAAGGUGAUCCGUAAAGGCUGGCUGACACUCAACAUCAGUAUCAUGAAGGGCGGCUCCAAGGAAUACUGGUUCAUCCUGACGGCCGAAUCGCUGUCCUGGUACAAGGACGAGGAGGAAAAGGAGAAGAAAUACAUGCUUCCCCUGGAUAACCUGAAGCUCAGAGAUGUGGAGAAAGGUUUCAUGUCCACUAAGCACAUUUUCGCUAUCUUCAACACUGAGCAAAGGAAUGUUUAUAAGGACUUGCGUCAGAUCGAGUUGGCCUGCGACUCUCAGGAGGACAUGGACAGCUGGAAAGCCUCUUUUCUCAGAGCGGGAGUUUAUCCUGAGAAAGAUCAGGUGGAGUCAGAAGAUGCCGCUCCAGCAGACAGCUUCUCCAUGGACCCUCAGCUGGAGAGGCAGGUGGAAACCAUCCGUAACUUGGUGGACUCCUACAUUGGAAUCGUCAACAAGACCAUCAGAGACCUCAUGCCCAAGACUAUCAUGCAUCUCAUGAUCAACAGCGCUAAAGACUUCAUCCAUUCGGAGCUGUUGGCGUACUUGUACUCAUCAGGAGACCAGAACAGUCUGAUGGAGGAGUCUGCAGACCAGGCCCAGCGCAGAGACGAGAUGCUGCGCAUGUAUCAUGCCAUUAAAGAGGCCCUCAGCAUCAUCGGUGACAUCAGCACCAGCACUAUAUCCACCCCUGUGCCUCCGCCCGUCAACGACAGCUGGAUGCCUGACACUAGCCCCGCCCCUCAGCGCAGACCACCGACAACAGCCCCACCCCCCAACAGGCCUCCAGCAGUGAGAGGCCCCACACCAGGCCCGCCUCCUCUAAACCCCACCUCUGCCUAUGUGGCUCCACCCAUCCCCUCUCGGCCAGGCCAUCCCAUAAAUGCCUUCAGCAACAGUGCCCAGGAUCCUUUCAGUGCACCUCCUCAGAUCCCCUCUCGCCCCGCACGCAUCCCUCCGGGCAUUCCCAGCAGAAGACCCCCUGGCGCACCCAACCGGCCCACCAUUAUCCGCCCUGCCGAGCCCUCCCUGUUAGACUAGACCCGUGCGUUGGGCACCGUAGUGUGCUGGUCUCACACAAAGAGAGAGAGAGAGGAAGGGCUGCAGAACUGCACUGAAAUAUGUGCACAUGUGUCUGCACAUACAGCCUGACCAAUAGACAUAAAUAAUCCACUCAAAACUGUUCUGUAAUCAGCGCUGCUAUUUACAUUCUUAGAUUUUAAAGCCCACAGGUCUAAAUUAAAUACAUAAAUAUUACAAUUAUUACUAUUAUUUUGUUAAAGUAUAGAGUGAACUCAAGGGUGAAGUGGCCUCCGAUUUUCAGUCAUUUCAUCAAUCACAUAGGUCAGGUGACCACCAGGGGGUAUCCUACUCAACUUGUGUAGAUGAAACAACAUUACAUCUCAUUUUCCUUUGCUGGAGAUAUAUGCCUCCUCUAGUGAUCUAGUGUGGAAUAAAAUGGACAAAAGCACUGUGCAAGCUAGUUGCUGUUAAACUAGCCAGUUUCCUUCCUGUUCUUGGGUAACUUAAUGGUGGUUGAAGACUUCUUCUUUGUAAUAGACACACUUAAUGUAUUUUUUUUCCAUUCUGUAUUUCCUUGACUCUUAAACAUGAUAUGCUGAAAUAAGACACCUCCACUGUUGUCAUUAUUGCUGUUUGGGGUUUAUUUUUAUCUUUUUUUCUUUUUUUUUUUUAUUGUUUUUCAUGCUCAAUUGGGUGUCUUGUAUAAGUAACCCUCUAAAUAACUGGUAAACUCUAUUAACUCAAUGAGAAAAGUGGAAAGGAGACCACACAUGGUUUAUCAUCGAUAUCGAUGCUAUCCAAAAUGGCACUCGGUCUCACAGGAUUGUUAAUUGUAACUCUGUAGCAGCUAACCAAUCAUUCAAAAACCUAGAUGUUAACUCCCAUUUUUGGCGUUACAAAAUCCCAAACUGUUGUGCCAGGAAAUGUGGGUCUUGAAAAGCACUUCUAUUCUUUUAGCUACCGUAAUUUUAUGAUAGUUGGAGGUGGUGGUGUUUGUAUGCAAAUUUCUGUAACGAUUUGUUUAUACAAAUAAUCAUUUGUUUAUAUGAAUAUAAUCCUGGAAAACGCAGUAACCACUUGCGACGGGCCGACCCGUCAGCGCUUUGUAAGAUUGUGUCUCAGGUAACAUCCGAUUCCAAAUCUGGUAACAUAGUUUACGUUAGCUUAGCGUUCCCGGUUUGAACAUUGUAACUUAAAUUAAACUGCAGGACCUUAUGGGUUGUAUUGACUUCACAUUCAGGGAUGGUAAGGGGCAGGGUAGAGUGCUACCGGAAGUGGGAAUGCACUGGACGGUAAUUUUGGGCAACUUGAACACAGGAUCACUGAAAAUGGUACAUGCAAGCGUAUUUGGGGUCGUGGGGCAUUUCGGAAACAGACCGCAACAGGGAACAAGUCUGUUCUCACACACAGACACGUUACGAAAGUAUACGAAAAAAAAUGGUCAACAUUUAAAUGAGUAGUUCACACAAAAAUAGAAAUUCUGUAAUCAUUUACCUACCCUCAUGUCAUUCCAAACCCAUAUGACUUUCUUUAUUCUAUGGAACUCAAAAAGAGAUUAGGUUAGGUAGGAUGUUCACGCUGCUCUUUUUCAUAUAAUGAAAGUGAAUGGUGACCACGGGCUUUCAAGCUCCAAAAAAUUAACGAAAAAUACCAUAAAAGUAGUCAAUAUAACUUAUGAACUGCAUUAGAAGUCUUCUGAAGUCAAACAAUAGCUUUGUGUGAGGAACAGACCAACAUUUACAUAAAAAAUUAAAAUAAUAAAAUAAAAAAUGAAACCCUGUGUAACAUUAUGCACCGUAUUUAAAUUUAUGAGAACGCAAAUGAGAUUUGAAAGUUUUGGCAGGGGAAGAUUUUCAGUGAGUAACAGUUUUAAAUUCAGUAUUUUCCUCACAUAAAGCUAUCGUAGUGCUUCAGAAGACUUGGAAUAGACAUUUACUUUUAUGGUGCUUUUGUCAUUUUUGGAGCUUCAUGGCCUCUUGUCACCAUUCACUUUCAUUGUAAGGAAAAGAGCAGUGCUAAUAUUCUGCUGUAUGUCUCCUUUUGUGUUUCACAGAAGAAAGUAAAUCAUACAGGUUUGGAGCAACAUAAAGGUAAGUAAAUAAUUUUUUGGGUGAACUACCCCUUUAACGUAGAGAUAAUUUACUAAUACACAAGUUGGAGGUGUGGCUUGGGCUAAAGGGAGAUCUUAUUUCCAAGUGUAUUAUUUAUAACCUGGGAAUUUAUCUUUGUGUUGAUUUGCAUUUUUUUAUAAAUACUGUUUGCUUCCUUUUUUUCUGAGUAGAACAACAUAUAUUUCCCUAUCGACCAAUACAGAUACGGGCGUACAGAAUCUUGAUUUGCAGUAGCUUAAAUCUAUGUUGUUUGCUUGUAUUGAUUGGGAGCUGAUGACAAAAAUAUACUGUGUAAGAGGGAGAGAGACUUUGAUUUUAACUUGAGCAUUUUCUUCAGAGAAUCCAACCAUAAAUAAUCAGAGGCUUUCAGACGAUUUGUACACACUGAACUGGUUGCAGAAUUGGCCACAGAUAAUCUGAAACUUAAAGUGAUAGUUCACCCUAAAAUGAAAAUUCUGUCAUUUGCUCAUUUUAAUGUUGUUCCAAACAUCCGAAUUACUUUCUUUCCUCCGUACAACACAAAAGAAGUUGUUGGGCAGAAUGUUCAAGAUGCUCUUUUCCAUUCAGUGAAAAGUGGAUAGCUGUAGUCACCAUUUACUUUCUUAGUAUGGAAAAGAGCUGCUUUGACAUUCUGCUUAAUAUCUCCUUUUCUGUUCCACGCAAGAAAGAAAGUCUUUCUAAUUUGGAACGACACCAGGGUGAGUAAAUGAUGACAGGAGUUUAAUUUUUGGGUGAAAUAUCCAUUUUAAACAAUCUGGAAUUUCUUGUCACAUUUUUCCUGGACAGAAGGCUUCAGUGAUAGCGACUGCCCCUCUUUAUUCUCCACAAUUCCUCUGUUUUUGAAGGCUUGAAUUAGACCUUUUUCAAAUUACAAUAUCUUUUUUGACUUGAUAAAGCUUAAAUCACUGCAGUCAUAACUUUCAUUGACACCCUGUAGUAUUUAAGGUUAAGUGACCCUUUCUCUGUCUCUGCCCAUUCCUCCCUCAUUAUCUUUCUCCAUUUGUGAAGAAAUGGGGACUGAGGACAUAUUUAGCAUUCUUUUGUAUGCUUUUGGAAUAACAAAUUAUUGUCAAGUGCCUGUGUACCAAUUGUAUUGGACUUGGAGCAGAAUGCAUUAUGAGAAUGGUAAAGUGAGAUAAUAAAAGGUGAUGUGUAUAAUAAAGAUCUGCCGCUCUGGUGGUCGGUGUUUCCUUG